ACAUUGCCGGAGAUUAAUUAUUCUAUUACCCUAUUAUCAAUUUUUUAUUUAAACAAAAUUGAAUCAGGCGAAAUUGUCGUAUAUUUAUACAAAGAAUAGUGAUGACAUAGAUUAAGUAAAAAAAGGAAAACUGUUCAGACGAUCCGCAAAGCGAGCUCAUUGGUUGUUAAUCAGGGCAGGGGCGGAGCUACGAGUUUCACCGCCUACGGCACGCGUCUUGAUUUGACUUUAACAGUGAGCUUUGGAAAUCAAUGAAGUCCGGACGUGUUGCCAUGCCUCAUACUGGGCAAACCGGUGUCAACCAAUUGGGCGGUGUCUUCGUUAAUGGCCGACCUCUUCCGACACAAGUUCGAAGAAGGAUUGUAGAAAUGGCGUUAAUGGGUGUUAGACCAUGUGACAUUUCAAGACAGUUACUUGUUUCUCAUGGCUGCGUUAGUAAAAUUUUAACGAGGUACUAUGAGACGGGUAGCAUAAAACCUGGUUCAAUUGGCGGGAAUAAGAAUAAGCAUGUUGCGACACCAAUAAUAGUUCGACGUAUAAUGAAAAUAAAGGAGGAGAAUCCAUCGUUAUUUGCCUGGGAAAUUCGUGAUGUAUUGCUGAAAGAAAGGAUUUGUGACGAACAGUCGGCUCCAAGCGUUAGUUCUAUAAAUAGAAUAUUAAGAAACGCUACUUCAAUGUCGGGGAGCAACGAUUCGAACCAUAGCUUGCAGUUAACCCAAAGUUCAACAUCGACGUUUAAUCCUUUUCCCGUUCUUCCACAUUACGUAACCCCUUUUUACUGGAGCCACCAGCCAAGCUUAUUUCUACCUUCAUCUUCUUCUUAUAAAAAGCAAGGUCCUCCAGCCACCAAAAGAAGACAUAUAACGAAAUAUACUAUUGAUGAAAUAUUAAAGGAUGAAAAUGACAGUAGUCCGGAAAGUGUAGAGGUGAAAGAAGAAAAGGACGACGACGACGACGACGACGACUCUCUUCCAGAGCAAGAAUAUGACAAAAACAGAGAAAAAACUGCUAAUGAGAAAUCUGCUGAACAUAAGACUUCUGUUCAAUUGAAUUUUCAAGUAACUAUAGAAACCGAUAAGCAAGCAUCGCCAAAAUUGGAAUAUUCGGAUAGUUGCAAACCAAACAAAACCAAUCUUUUUGUGUGAUUUAAAGGUUAUCUUCAAUGAAAAACUCUAUCAAGAACUUUACCUUAUACAUUGUAUUCUAUUUUCCCCCAUUUUUGCUUCUUUUCACAAUUACACUUAAAACGCAAAAUCAUUAACAAUUGCUUUUAUCAGCUGCUCUGAGCUCGUUUAAUAACGACGGAAAUUUG